AUUAAGUUUUAUACAUUACAUUUAAGCACUCAGAAUAAAAUGUUUUCACGAAAGUUAAAGGCACUGGAUUAUUAUCAAUCAGAAAAUUUCAACAUUCAAGAUGAAUCUCAAGCUAGAAAUUUGAUUGUAUGGCUAGAAGAUAAAAAGAUACGUUUUUACAAGAUUGAAGAAAGAGAUGCUUUAAGAAACAUUACUUCACCAGGAUGGGUACAAGCCCUUAAACAGUAUUUAAAAGAUUUGCAAUGUCCUGUUGUAAAUUUAAGUAAUAAAGCAGCAGUUGUUCACUGGCUUCUCAGUCAUGCUGUAAAAAUUCAAUACUUAGAGAAUGCUUCUCAUUACAACACGCCAUCAUCAGACCAAUUUCAAGAAAAGAUGUUUUCUAACCUUACCAUUAAUGAUCCGUCAGUUCAAGCUAGUAUCAAUAGUUUAGCAAAGUUAUUUCAUAUACCUCAGCAUGAUGACAAAUUAAUUUUAUUGCAGGCCAUAACUAGUAUUAUUGAACAAAGGUUAAGCGAAGCUUCUAUUAAGGAAAAUCAAAAACAGUGUAAAAGUGGAUUUGUUCUGAAGUUGGAAGAAGUGCCACUGGGAUUUUCAAUGCCUGACGAGGGUGUAACCGAAGCUUUAAAAAUACUACGCUUGCUGCAAAUCAAUCAUCUCCGAGAACUACAAACUCAAAUUAAUCAAGCUAUUGUUGCUGUUCAACGUAUAAGUGCUAAUCCAAAAACUGAUCACUCACUUGGGAUGGUUGGAAGAUAAAUCUUUUUAUAAAAGUUUCAUAACCAAUAA